UUAGACGGCCAUCGUUUGCCAAAGUUAAGUAUCCUUAUCAGGUUGAAGAACAAUACAGAAUAAAUGCUCUUCUAUGACUCUCAACACCCACCCAGUCGAGAAGAAAAUAAUUCCUCAAUAACCUGUAAGUUAAGGACAAGUGAGGGGCCAAGUGGGAUGUCACGUGGAUUUACCCGCUUCUCGUUUGGGCAAAUUAGCCCUAAUUAAAUCCAACUCCGACCUCAUUCUCCUGAAAUAUCUUGCUCGUCUACUCUCUUGUUGUUAUAUUCCCUCCGUGCUGUCAGAGGGAGAUUGAAAGUAGGACUCUUGUAACCUAGCAUGAAAAACACUAUCGACCCUCUUCAGCGUCCCCUUCUUCCUACCAACGCAUCAGAAAGUGAGAACUUCAGUAUGGGGGUCUACUACCGCAGCAAGGCGACCAUCAACAAAGCUUGGACAAUGACGUCCCCCGCAACAAAGCAGCCUAUAGGGCCAGGACGCUUUCUCGGACCAGCGCAUAUAUCAUUGUGAUUUCCCGGAUCUUUGGCACAGGGAUCUUUGCAACGCCCGGCAUCAUUACUAAGUCUGUUGGCAGUAUUGGCCUAUCACUCUGUGUAUGGAUGGUUGGAGCCGCUAUUUCAGCGGCGAAUCUGGCUGUCUGGUUAGAGUACGGUUGUAUGUUGCCGCGCUCAGGGGGCCAUAAAGUCUAUCUUGAAUUCACGUAUCGAUACCCGCGAUUCCUCACAUCAACCUUAGUUGCUGUCCAGGCUGUUCUCCUGACCUUCACGACGGGAAACUGUGUUGUGUUUGGUCAGUACUUGGUGUUUGCCCUGGGUAUUGAAGCGACGGACAUUAAUAGGAAACUCUUUGCUGCUGGGUUGUUGACGGCCAUUGUUCUCAUUCACAGCUGUUUUCUUAGGGCUGGGAUAUGGAUCCAAAAUAGUCUUGGAUGGAUCAAGAUUCUUCUUGUUCUUGUUAUCGCGUGUACUGGUAUCUAUGUCGUCGCUUUGGCGCAAGGAACUCCUUCCGGUUCCGCUCCCCAAAACGGAGGAUAUUCCUGGGGCUCCCUAUGGCAAAACUCUGACUGGGGCCUCUUAACUUUGUCAACUGCGAUGUUCAAAGUCAGUUACUCCUAUGCGGGAUUGAAUAAUGUCAAUACUGUUCUAAGCGAGGUGAAAGACCCCAUACGGACAUUGAAGGUCGUGGGUCCCGCGGCUCUUGUGUCUACUGUACUCUUAUAUCUACUCAUAAACAUUGCCUACUUCUGUGUGAUACCGCUUGAGGACAUUAAGCGCAGUGGAGAACUUACUGCUGCGUUAUUUUUCGAAGGGGUGUUUGGAUCAGGCUUUGGAAGGACGGCUCUACCCCUGGCGAUUGCAAUUUCUGCUGCCGGAAACGUCAUGGUCGUGGCUUUCACUGCGGCUCGUCUCAACCAAGAAAUCGCUCGCCAAGGUUUCCUGCCCUUUUCACGCCUCCUUUCAACGUCCAGGCCUUUCAACACGCCGUUGGGCGGAUUUAUAGUCCACUACAUCCCGUCACUUCUAGUGAUCAUCCUCGCUCCCUCUGAUGACGCAUACAGUUUCAUCCUUGAUGUAGAAGGCUACCCGAUCCAAAUCAUCACCUUAGCACUUUCAGUUGGCCUUCUCAUAUUGAGAUAUAAGCCCCCAGAUCUACCUCGUCCGUUCAAAGCCUGCACCUCUGCUGUCUGGAUCUCAAUUGUCUUCUCCAUCGGACUUCUUGCAGCUCCUUUCUUCCCGCCCAAGGAUGGGAAAGGGGAUGUGAGUUUCUUUUACGCUACAUAUGCGAUCGUUGGUGUAGGGAUAUUGACCCUCGCUGCGGUUUACUGGUACUUGUGGGCGGUUCUCAUUCCUCGCUGGAAGGGGUAUGUUCUAGAGGAAAAAACAGAAAUUUUGGAAGAUGGUGUUAGUGUCACGAAGGUUGUCAGAUUAAAAAUAUAAUGGUUCUCUAUGGUGUUUGGAAAAUAGACUCGGGUGUUCGGGUGUAGGGCUUAUAACGGAUUCAAAGUUUUAUUCCUAUUUGUUUUCGGCUGAUAGUUGAUAACCAGUUGCAGGAUGCUUAUAUAGAUUGAACGAUAUUUAAUACCUACCAAAUACAUAAAUAGCCACUCCGGGAUAGAGAAUUAUGAGAUUCCAGUUCCAAACUCUCAAUUCACCUCCCCGAAGUUAAUAUCGUUUCAACCAUCUGGGUAACCGGUCAUUCGCACAUCACACUACAGCCAGACAGGUUUCGAGGGGAAAUAACCUUGUCGUGGAGUGGAAGGUAGGGAAAAAAAUAGGCGCAAAGCAUGAGUCAUUAUAAAUAUACAUUAAAAAUUUGAGAAUUAGCUAGCCGUACACCACAACGGGAUAUAUAGAGGUCAUUAACAUUUAAAAUCAAA